AUGAGCGCCUUGUGGUUUGAAGGAGCCAGGCAGGGCUGGGGGUUGGAGACUGAGGAACGGGUGAGGCAGCUGUCUCUCCACCGCUGGGCCUAGGCCAGAGCGUCUGCCAUUUCACUGGGUACAGGCUGGCACCAAGCUCCAGGGCUGUGGGUGGUAUUUACAGCUGGUGCCUCUCUACCCCUCCUCAACCCCACUGUGUCACUGCCGCUGUUCUGAGGGUAAGAUGCACAUGGAGAGAGCCAAGAGCCAGACUAUCCUCUUUUAGUUUUACAUGGAGAGAGGAUGUCAAAGACUGCCCUAGAGAGAGUUGUGACCGUGAGUGAUUUAUAGAUAAAAUUGAGAUGUUCUUGGUUAAGUCGGAACGCUUUUUCAAAAGUAAGCAAUUGACAGAUCUAGGUACAAUGAGCCUCCUAGCGGGCUCACAUGUUUGUGCCUGUGGCUCCUUCCCCCUUGUCGAAAUUGGAAGGAAAAUCUUUAAUUCUGACUGACUAAAUGGUUAACUGACUGGCUGCCUCCAAGGCUGUUCUUCUUAUUCUGCCGUUGGUGGGCACACAAUGUAGCACUGUGGGAGUCGGAUGCACCAGUCAAAUACCUCCAAAACAAACAAGUACUCACACUGACAGGUAACAAUCUAGCACCUGCUGGGAAUGCAUCUAAAACACCUCUCCUAAGGCUUUUGUGAUAUGCCAGCAGCAUACCACCCUGCUUCCCACUGCUGGCUUGCCUAUGAAGCUAAGCAGGGUUCGUCCUGGUUGGUCCCUGGAUGGGACUAGAUGCUGCUGGGAGUGAUGUUGAGGGCCAGUAGGAGGCACUCUUUCCUCUGUUCUAAAAUAAAAAAUAUCCUGAUGCCCCAGGGCAGUGAUUGGAGACAUUGCCCUGUGUAGGACUCCGUCUUUCAGAUGGGACGUUAAACGGAUGUCUUGACUCCCUGUAGUCACUAAAUAUCCCAUGGCACUUAUCGUAAGAGUAGGGGUGUUAACCCCGGUGUCAUGGCUAAAUUCCCAAUGUAAUUAUCCCCAGCUUCCAAUUGGCUCAUUCAUCCCCCUUCCUCUCCCCUGUAACUAUUCCCUAGGUCGUUGCUGUAAAUGAGAAAGUGUUCUCAGUCAACUUACCUGGUAAAAUGCUUCUUGAUGCAUCAGUUAUCUUUUGAAGUUUAGCCAUUACAUAGUAGGCCAAUGUUUUUAAACAGAUGUAUCUGUUAUCUCUGUGUUAAUAGGCUACAUACUGUAUGGGCGGCAGGUAGCCUAGCGGUUAAGAGUGUUGGGCCAGUAACCAAAAGGUUGUUGGUUCAAAUCCCUGAGCCGACUAGGUAAAAAAUCGAUGUGCCCUUGAGCAAGGCACUUGACCCUAAUUUAUCCUGUAAGUCGCUCUGGAUAAGAGCGUCUGCUAAUUGACUAAAAUGUAAAUUUAUGUUUUUCAUCAGGUAUUCUUGAAGGCAUGCCUGUCCAUGUGGUCAAGGACGGGGCCGGUCCCAGCACCCAGGUUCCCGCUCAACCCCAGAGGAUCUCCAUUCCACUCCUCUGCCCUACCUCAGACUGCACUGGCAAGACUGUGAAGGUGUGUCUCGGUCAGGUCAAACCCUUCCAUCACUCUUCCCUUCCCUUCCUUUCUUAUAUCUCCAGAAAUCCCUCUCUUCUCCCUUUCUUGCAUUCUCGCUCCUAUCCUCCAGUGCCUGCUUUCUUGUUUUCACACUCCUUUCUCUCGGUCUAUUUAUCCAUGUACCUCUUUCGUUUCUCCACAGUUUUUAAAAGUUUUAUUUUUUUUACCUUAUCCUUCUUCCAAGUACACUAUGGGCAGAUAAUUGUAAAGCAGGCAAAGCAAGUAACAACAAAUUCACUCCCCCUCCUCCAUUUUCCGUCUAAGGGAGUUAUGUGCUAAUUGACUUGUGAAAAGAUUUGUAUGAAGUUAGGACUUGACCGAUAUGACUAUAGUGGCAGCAUAUAAAACACUAAUCGAUGUAAAUGUUUUACCAUUCAUCUAAAGUUUUGUAUUUUUCUGCUAUUCUGCCAGGGGAGAGUAGUUCACAAAGGGCCAUUGGUAUCCAUGGGAGAAGACAACUAUGUCCUGAAGACUGUGAUUCAAGGUAUUGUAUAUGAGAAAACAUGUAGGCCUAGAAUGAUGUAGGCAUAUACAAUGAAGGAGUGACUGCCCAAUCACGCAUUGGUUGAGUUUCCUUGGAGGGCAUGUAGCUCGCUGUGUUAGAUCUCAGCUGGCUCGAUUGUCUCAUUCCCACUGUAAGCCGUUCAGCUGGAAUGGAUCUUAAUAGGAUUGUUGAAAAAGGCAAUUUCUUCUUUGUUGUGUCGGCCAUGCUACACUUAUCCCUCUGCAUUAUGAUGAACAUUCAUACAGCAGCACUGCUUAUUCAGAGAGAGUUAUCUCGCUUGUUAAUACAGUACUUCAAACCCAUUUGAAAUAUUGCCCUGUUUCUCUGGGGCAAGUGUGAAAUAUGCCUUGUUUCUUUGUCUUGUGUAUUAAUUGUAUUACCACACCAACUGUUAGUUGUGACUCAGAAUUAUCAGUACUAUUUUUUUAUUAUGUUUUUCACUUUUUAUGUGUUUUUCUGCUGACAUUUCCACAACCCAGAGCGGUCGAUUUAUUUGGUCAAAAGCAGUGUUCAUGACACACUGUUCACACCCCUCUUGUUGGCGGAGAGAAUAUGUUGCAGGUUUAAAGCUUAUUUACUGCAAUUCUACACAUUUUGUCAUGGCGUGUAGAGAACAUUUUGCAGUUUUAAAGCUCAUUUUCUUGCAAUUCUAUACAUUUUGCCAUAACUCAAAAAUUACUACAAAAUCUAUAGGCUAAAAAACUUUAGCUGACAUGGGCUAGUUGAUCUGGACGUUUCUGACAAGUUCUAAAUAGCUCUCUAAGAGAUGCAAUGACUGACAUGACAAGAGGAAAACUGAUUACGCACUACCCAAUUUCGAAAUUGGAGUUAGGUGACAUUAAUUGAACUGUAGCCCUAAUAAGAGAAUACCCUUAUAAAGCCUUACAGGCUCUGAGGUAUUUUCUGUAUAUGUCUUGCAUCUGUCUAAUUUGCUGCAUGUGUACACUACCUUCUGCCUCCGUCAGAAGAAGACUCCCAACAGGACAUGUCCCCAGAUCACUCGUCCAUCAAUGUCAUCCUGUUUGGUGCGCUGGCGAAGGACUACUCCGAAUCCGUCAGUCAAGGGGUAGGUCUCCUACCAUUCCCUAUAGGAUCUCAAACAAAGUGUAAUAAAUAAAGAUCUGGUUGCAUUCAUGUGUAAGGGCACUUGAAAGUAUCAUGGUCCUGAUUUGCACUUCAUGAGGUCUGGGUACAAAAAUCUGAAUUGGAAUGUAAUGGUGUAGGUGGAUGUGUUCUCUGACAGAAUAUAACACUGCAUUUUGUUAUUCACUUGUAACUGAAUGCAUAUCCCCAGUUACAUAUUGUACCUGAAUGCUUAGCCUCGAAUGCAUUUGUUUUACCAACCCUUUGAAGGCACGCAAUGGAUUCUUGUCAGAAAAGACAGACGCGCCUUUAGUCUUUUGUUUAGGGUUUUCAGUCAAAGGAAUAAACAGAAUUGUGUUGAAUUGUGAUUCUUGGCCCACUUUGUGCUGGGAAACAAUGGGUUCUCUUUCUUUUUUGCUCACAAACCAGCUUUCAUCCCAGCCUUCUUUCUCUCUUUUGGUCGUCACAUAUCCACAACAUCAUGCGUCAAAAGGUGCUGUGCAUAAGCAUGAAGCAUGUGACAAGACGGCAUUUCUUUGCUUUUAGGAGGGGGAUAAUCCUCGAAGAGAUGAUUGGAGCGUUAGCUGCUGUAGCACGCAGAUCAGAGCUCUAGUCAGAGGCGUAGUGUUUGUGAUCAAAAUUGUAACACUCCCAAUGAGAUGGAGCGUCUUCCUUGUGGAGAGAGUUCUUAUGCAAUUAUCGUCUACAUUGAAGUAGAUUAAGUCUGCAGUUUGAUUUUAGGGAUGCUAUUCAGAGUCUGAGGAUCAGAGAAACCCUUGUUAAGUGCAAAGGCACAGGAUGUUAGUCAUUUUGGUUAUUUACGUCCUCUAGUCUGUAGUAGUGUUGACAUCCCACAUGCUCUCUCUGUAACAGUGUUGACAUGCUCUGUAACGGUGGUGACAGAUCAGCAAAUCUUUCUAUUAACCUGGAUAAAAUGACACUCAAAACCAGUGAUAGGAUUCAGGCAUCCACGUCGUUUAAGACCAAUGCACAAACAGGAAGCUGAAUGAGCUGAGUGAUGCACCAGUGUUAGACAUGACUGACCUAUUGUCUCAGAACACCCCUGAGAGGAGAAGAAUAUCACAUUCUGAGCAGACGUAGCGGGAAAAGGGAUUGGCUAUCAUGGCUGUAGAGUACUCUUGUCAAACAGUGGUUUGUGUAAUCCACUGUAACAUGAUUCCUUUGUAUCUCUCCCUUCCCUUUGUCUGCUGUUUGAGUUAUGUCAGAGAACACUGUUAAACCGUUUGGAGGACAGUCACACACUGCUCCCCAAGAAAAAUACAACUGGCUUAUCUCUAUUUUGAGUGUAGCAUAUUACUCACAAGCUGAUAUUUCUGCUAUAUUAAACGGUCCGUGCUAUCCGGGAUCCUUGGGACUUCCCUACCCCCCAUUAAAGUUGAAAUUUAAAAUGGUUAGGGAAGGGUUAUGGUUAAUGUUAGGGUAGGAUUUAGGGUAGGGACAUCCCAAGGAUCCCGGAUAGCAUUGACCUAUAUUAAACCUAUUUUACACUGGUUUAUUUUUUGGGGGAGGUGGUGUUAUAUCUCCUCUCUCUGUCUCUGCUGCAUGUGUUUGUUCCCCCAGGACGUGCUGCUGGUGGCUGGCUUCACUGUGGGCAAGUCUCCCACAGCUCACAAAGACAAGCUCCAUGCCUGUAACCUGCAGCUGGCUGGAGAUGAUGCCUGGGUGUAUGUGAGUACAUAUUCAGGGAAUGGGUUCCUACGUUGUUUGAUAAUUAAGGGAAGGGUUUAAUAAAAUGUGACCCCUAGUUUCCUGAAGUGCAUUUCUCUGUGUCCUAGGUGUGGCCAUCUACUGUAAGCCUGAGAGCAUUUGUACCCAGCAAAAGAACCUCUCCAGUCAGCACUGAGGUCAGUCUGUGACCUCAUUAGCUCAAAGACCUUGGUUUUAUGGAGGCUGUCAGAAGAUUCACAUGUCAUCAGAUGGUUAUCCCAAUGUGAACCUGCGUGUGUCAUGUUUUGUAUGAUCUUUUGAUACUGAAUACAUGUAAAAUAGCUGGCCUAUGGCCCUUCCACUUAAAUCACUCUUACUGAUCCCAAAACAGUUUUACUCUGUCAAACCGAUCAAUUUAGGGACUGACCUUAUGUUUCAUAUCCAGUCUCUACUACUGACCGUUGUUCUCUCUCAAGUCAUUUACAAAUAGACAUUCUCUCUUUACUUAAAUUGUUGUCCGAUCCUGAAUGGUAAUGUAGUAGUGUUUGUCUUCAGGUCACUAAGGCAGCGAAGGUGGUUAAGUAUACCUACGCCCCACUGAGCGACCUGACGCCUGGGGUAGUGGUGAACGUCUACGCUGUGGUCACCUUCUUCAAGCAGCCAUUCCGGACCAAGGGGACAGGUAGGUCAACUUGCCCUGCAAAUGCACUAACAUGGUAUAGACAAAUAUGAUAAUAUUCCACCAGCCCCAUGUUGAGCUCAGUUCAAGGUGUUGGCUCUGUGCUAACAUACUUUUCAGACAGAAAAGGACACACUUCCUACUCAGCAAAGCACUUUGAAGUCCAUAUUCAACCAACAGGCUGGUUGCUAUGACUACUGGACCCCCUGACCUGCUGCUCCGAGAUAAUAAGGGGUUUGUUGGUGUGUCUGUAGGUGGUGUCAUCCAGGGUAGGUUGGGUGGGGGUUACUGUACUGUUAUCUCAUUAAACAAGCGUUUGUAGAGGCGUAGUGUUUGGCGGGAGGGGGAGGUGAGGUGGAGGCUGGCAAUGGGAAUAAGAGGACCUCUCUCUGCACCCUCUCUCUAAGCACCCAACAUCACAGGGUACAUAUGAGUCCUUGUGGUGUUGCUCAGCCCUUCGACUCGCAACCUUUGACUUGGAAGUGCUGCGACUGCCUUUUAACUGGGCUGCCCUUGCCUGGAGUCAGGCAGUGUGGCGAGGUUUGUUCACACAGAAAAAAACCUUGCUGAGGAGCUUUAGAAAGCGCAGAAGGGCAAGCAGAGUGGUUGUCCGAGGUAGGGGAACCUCGCUCUGAUGCUGUUAUACGAACAUACUCUGUCCUAGCCUGUCCCUCCUGUCCUCAUAGCACCUAUUCUCUGACUCCUUUCUGUCCCUCCUGUCCUCAUAGCACCUAUUCUCUGACUCCUUUCUGUCCCUCCUGUCCUCAUAGCACCUAUUCUCUGACUCCUUUCUGUCCCUCCUGUCCUCAUAGCACCUAUUCUCUGACUCCUUUCUGUCCCUCCUGUCCUCAUAGCACCUAUUCUCUGACUCCUUUCUGUCCCUCCUGUCCUCAUAGCACCUAUUCUCUGACUCCUUUCUGUCCCUCCUGUCCUCAUAGCACCUAUUCUCUGACUCCUUUCUGUACCUCCUGUCCUCAUAGCACCUAUUCUCUGACUCCUUUCUGUCCCUCCUGUCCUCAUAGCACCUAUUCUCUGACUCCUUUCUGUCCCUCCUGUCCUCAUAGCACCUAUUCUCUGACUCCUUUCUGUCCCUCCUGUCCUCAUGGCACCUAUUCUCUGACUCCUUUCUUCUCCCCUCCUCUCCCCCUCCCCCUAUUCUCUGACUCCUUUCUUCUCCCCUCAUCUUCUCCUCCUCCCCCUCUUCUCCCCUCCUCUCCCCCUCUCCUCUCCUUCUCUCCCCCUCUCCUCUUCUCCCCUCUUCUCCCCCUCUCCUCUCCUCCUCUCCUCCUCUCCCCCUCUCCUCUUCUCCCCUCCUCUCCCCCUCUCCUCUUCUCCCCUCCUCUCCCCUUCUCCUCUUCUCCUCUCCUCUCCCCUUCUCCUCUUCUCCUCUCCUCUCCCCCCUCUCCUCUCCUCUUCUCCCCUCCUCUCCCCCUCCCCCUCUUCUCCCCUCCUCUCCCCCUCUCCUCUUCUCCCCUCCUCUCCUCCUUCUCCUCUCCUUCUCUCCCCCUUUCAUAUCCACCUAAUAUUCUUCAUCUCUAGCUACUCUUUAACUCUUUUAUCGCCAAUGGUUUUAUUAUGGUUGUCCAAUAAUAAUCUCCAGAACAGAACAACCGGAUACUCAACAUUUACAGUGUCUGCUCUUUAUUGCUACUAUUCAAAACCAAUUACUUUUUAAAUUGUACAAUACAAACACAAAUUACAAAGUAAAUUACAGCAGCCUGGAUUAAACCACAGUCACUGAGUCACUGUGUCCUUGUGUAGUUAAUCUCUGCCUUAACACACCCUAAGCAUUGAUCGAGCAUUAGAUCUUGUCAUGCAAGCUGACAUAAAGUGGUGAAAAAUCAAUCCUCAUCCCACUCAACCGACCCUGUAGAUAUCGGACUUGAUUUUGAUGUACUGUACACUGUGCUGGGCCAUCUUGUCCAAUUGAAUCAGUGGCCCAGAAUGUCCGGAGGGAAAACUCUGCAUGAAAUAUCCAUUUUGAAUGCAAGUGCCUGUGAUGCAAAUGACAAAAUCGCAAUUAUAAACUGGGUGGUUCGAGCCCUGAAUGCUGAUUGGCUGACAGCCGUGGUAUAUCAGACCAUAUACCACAGGUAUGACAAAACAUUUAUUUUUACUGCUCUAAUUACAUUUGUAACCAGUUUAUAAUACCAAUAUGGCACCUCGGGGUAUAUGGUCAAUAUACCAUGGCUAAGGGCUCCGCGUUGCGUCGUGCAUAAGAACAGCCCUUAGCCAUGGUAUAUUAGCCAUAUACCACACCCCCUCUGGCCUUAUUGCUUAAGUAUAGUUGAUGGGAAAAUGGGGCCUGAGCAAAGCGUGUAUUAAUGCUUUGCAAAGCUGUAAUCUGUGCGUGAUCCAACUUGCAACGUUUACCAUUUUAUGUGGAAGUACCUUACAAAAUAAUUAUUCUUCUGUUGUCAGGGGUUUGCUCUGCUUAUUUUCACGAGGCGUUUACAUAGCAAGCAAAACAAACUUGAUAUUAUUUGAGGAGCACGACAUUCACGAGCCAAGUCAUUUAUGCCUAGAGUUUGACCUGAGGGGACAGUCUGUUAGUAGUAAUCUCUGAGCCACUCUUGUCUCGGUAUGUACCGUAAUGAAAGAAAGAGCUCAAUAAUGAAUGACAGUAAUAAGUCCAUGGCUUUCCAAUUCACAUUUUCUAGUGUGUCUCCCAACGCCUGCAAACUGUACCUUGGGUCCUUUUUGUUUGUGGGAGCCUCAUACAAAGAGUUCCCCCUUAAGCCAAACUGGAUUGAGUAAUGAGUGAAUAAAUAAAACAGCAGUGUUCGUAGGACAGCAUUAACUGACCAUGUAUUGUCAUGCUACUGAAUCCUAGUGGCAGCAGUUAGAAGGGAGAUAUUAAGAGAAUCCAUCUGUUGAGACACAGUGGGGGUGGCAGAUGGAUGAGCCGCUUGGCUGGCUGACGCUACCCACUUGACUACACAGCGAAGAGAAUACUGAGAGUUAAGUGUUAGCCAGAUGACCCCUUACCACCCCUCGGCAUAGAAACCUAGUGUUAUUAUAUACCGUUUAUUAUGUACAUCCAUCUAGUACCGGGUCGGACCCCACUUUGCCUCCAGAACAGCCUGAAUUCUUUGGGGCAUGGAUUCUACAAGUCGGAAACGUUCCACAGAGAUGUUGGUCCAUGCUGACGCGAUGGCAUCACGCAGUUGCUGCAGAUUGGACGGCGAUGCACCACUGCCACCAGCCUGUACCGUUGACACCAGGCAAGAUGGGUCCAUGGAUUCAGGCUGCUUACGCCAAAUCCUGACUCUGCCAUCAGUAUGACGCAACAGGAACCGGGAUUCGUCAGACCAGGUUAUGUUUUUCCACACCUCAAUUGUCCAGCGUUGGUGAUCGCGUGCCCACUGAAGCCGCUUCUUCUUGUUUUUUGCUGAUAGGAGUGGAACCCGGUGUGGUCGUCUGCUACAGUAGCCCAUCCAUGACAAGGACCAACGAGUUGUGCGUUCCGGGAUGCCGUUCUGCACACCACUGUUGUACUGCGCUGUUAUUUGCCUGUUUGUGGCCAGCCUGUUAGCUUGCACAAUUCUUGCCAUUCUCCUUCGACCUCUCAUCAACAAGCUGUUUUCACCCACAGGACUGCUGCAGACUGGAUUUUUUUUGUUUGUCGCACCAUUCUCGGUAAACCCUAGACACUGUCGUGUGUGAAAAGCCCAGGAGGGCGGCCGUUUCUGAGAUCCUGGAUCUGGCGCGCCUGGCACCGACGAUCAUACCACGCUCGAAGUCGCUUAGGUCCUCGUUUUACCUAUUCUAACGUUCAAUCAAACAGUAACUGAAUGCCUCGAUGCCUGUCUGCCUGCUUUAUAUAGCAAGCCACGGCAACGUGACUCACUGUCUGUAGGAGCGAUCCAUUUUCAUGAAUAAACUGUCCGGUGAGUGUCUUUCUUACAUUGUGUACUGUUGUGUGCUGCUUUGCACAAACAGCAUUUCAGACAAGCUCUACAAUCAAAUUGUCUUUGCGGGUGGACCUCUAUUGCAGCAUUCAAUGGCCCUUGUAAUUUAAAUGAGACAAAUCACUUCCAAUAGAGCACUGUUUUUCGGCAUUCCAGUCCUCGAGUACCCCCAAAAGUACACAUUGUUGUAGACCCGAAUAAACACACUUGAUUCAAGUAGUCAAGGGUUUGAUGACUAGUUUAAUCAGGUGUGCUUGUCUGGGCUCCAAAAUAAAUGCGUUCCGUUGAGGGUAUUAAGGACCAGAGUUGAGAAACACUGCAUUAGAAAGGCAGCAUAAGAAGGUUGAGAACAGACAUUGCCUUUGAAAGCCAACGUCAAAGUAUGUUUAAAGCAAGCAACCAUUUUGGGAUGUCUCAAAUCACAUUGCAAUAAGAUGUGCAUACUAGGGCCCGUCUCAGUAUUCAUCAGACUGUCUUGUUGGAUAGGCCAUAUCUGGAAUUUGAUCUGACAGUGGUCCUGACUUCUAUCCCCAAUAGAUUACUGCUCCACACUGAAGAUUACAGACCAAUCAAAUAAAAAAGUGGGCUGUACCAUCUUUUGUGACAAGCUUGAGGAACACCCUAAAAUCUUCAAAAUGGGAGACAUCAUACGCCUACACAGAGUCAAGGUAAAUGUGUGAUCGGCAGGUAGCCUAUCGGUUAAGAGCUUUGGGCCAGCAACCGGAAGGUCGCUGGUUCGAAUCCCUGAGCCGACUAGGUGAACAAUCUGUCAAUGUGCCCUUGAGCAAGGCACUUAACCCUAAUUGCUCCUGUAAGUCGGUCUGGAUAAGACCGUCUGCUAAAUGACAAAAAUGUAAAUGAGUGAUGCCGAGACUCAGAUUUUACACUUUUUAAAAUGUAUGCCAAACAAGAACUAAUGAUUGCAAAGUUAAACAAACCAUUCAACUCUAUGCACAAUAUUACUUUUUUUUACUUUUAACCCUUUUUCUCCCAAAUUUUGGGAUAUCCAAUUGGUAGUUACAGUCUUGUGCCAUCGCUGCAACUCCCCUAAAGACUCGGGAGAGGCGACGGUUGAGAGCCAUGCGUCCUCCGAAACACGAGCCUGCCAAGCCGCACUGCUUCUUGACACACUGCUCGCUUAACCCGGAAGCCAGCCGCACCAAUGUGUCGGAGGAAACGCCAUCCAGCUUGCGACCGAGGUCAGCUUGCAGGCGCCAGGCCCGCCACAAGGAGUCGCUAGAGCGCAAUGGGACAAGAAAAUCCCAGCCGGCCAAACCCUCCCCUAACCCGGACGACGCUGGGCCAAUUGUGCACUGCCUCAUGGGUCUCCCAGUCAACUGUCAACUGUGACACAGCCUGGGAUCGAACCCGGGUCUGUAGUGACGCCUCAAGCACUGCGAUGCAGUGCCUUAGACCACUGCACCACUCGGGAGGCCACAAGGACUACUUUUAACGGAAAAAAUAAAAUAAAUAAAAAAUGACUUGAAGAACAGUGCCGACGCAAAGUUUGGUAACAGAAUGACGGUUUGUGCUGUUGGUGCCGUCAUUCUGUUACCAAACUUUGUAUCUGUAAAAUUAUCUGAGGAAAUUGUGAAAGGUCAUCCUUGUGCGUAGAGUUGUAUGGUUUGUUUAACUUUGCAAUCAUUGGUUUUUGGUUGACAUGAUUUUUAAGUGAAAAAUCUUAGUCUCAGCAUCAUUUACAUUUACGUCAUUUAGCAGACGCUCUUAUCCAGAGCGACUUACAGUUAGUGAAUACAUAUUUUUUUUUUUUAUACUGGCCCCCCGUGGGAAUCGAACCCACAACCCUGGCGUUGCAAACGCCAUGCUCUAUCAACUGAGCUAAAAUCCCUGCUGGCUAUUCCCUCCCCUACCCUGGACGACGCUGGGCCAAUUGUGCGCCGCCCAUGAGUCUCCCGGUCGCAGCCGGCUGCGACAGAGCCUGGAUUCGAACCAGGAUCUCUAGUGGCACAGUUAGCACUGCGAUGCAGUGCCUUAGACCACUGCGCCACUCAGGAGCACUCUUUUACUGUGCUUGCCCAAGAUUGAUUCUGACCUUAUUGUAAUUUGAAAUGAACUGAUAUUUAGGAUGUGAGCCUUGCUGGAAUGUUUGAGAUUAUCCAGAUAGAGGUUCACAAAGCUCCAUUUCUUUCUCUCUCAGACCCAGCUUUUUAAUGGAGCCAUCAGCCUUUUGACCAGCCAUGGUUUCUCCGUGGUCACCUUUGACGGGACGGUGGGCAGCCCUGUGGUCCCUCGUACCUCCAGUGGGUCCUUCAAAUUUGGGGAGGAAGAUUGCCAGGCCGUGGAGGCCCUGCGCACGUGGGCAGCCAACCAGUCUCUGGUCCCUGCUGUGCCCUGUGUACCCCUGUCGGCAGUACAGCCCAAGACUUACUUUGACCUGACCUGCCAACUGCUGGCUAAAGCCCCUGUGGACAGCAGCUGCACCCUGUUGAAGGUAAGAACCAGGAAGAACCUUUUUACUCUUCUUUAGCGACUGUCUAGACCCGUCAGUUUGUUUUAUUGUAUUGAAUCAGGUAGCUAGGAAACUCUGGAAAUCCAAUGGAAAACGUGAUAUUUUGGUCAUCGGCUGGCUACCUUGUUGUACAGUGAAUAAAACGUUUCAGACAUUUAGCAAAGCAUAAUGAUAAGAAAGACGGUCUGUGAUUUAGCCUAGUGUAUGUCUAUGAGCAUCCCUCUUAACAGUUUGUGGCUAAGGCAGGGAAGAUGCUUUAUUUCUCUUUUCAACUUAUCUCUGCGAGCGCUUCAUCUCCCUGCUUAUACAGUUUGAAAUAUAUAUGAGGACUUGAAAAGACAUGGGCUUAAUACAAUGAUGCGGUUGUGAGUGUUGACGCUUUAUGCCAAAGAACAUACUCAUUAUGAGGUAGGAGCCGUGUCAACCCUCAGGGAAUAUGUCCUCAUUGGGAUGCCACUGCACUCAGUUUAAUAAUAGUCAUAUAUGUUUACAUAAGAGCCUUAUUGUGGGUAAUGACGCCGUGAUAAACCACAGAACUGGAAGCCCAUGACCCGCCUGUUUUGGGAUGACAACGUGACAUUUGCGGUAAAGAUUACUAGUGUCUGGGGGGGCCAUCUUGUGAUGCCCUCUUUUUAUUUGUUCACACUUUCUAGCUCAUUCUUUCAUUUUUUACCCAUAGACAUUUGUAUGGCAGUUGACAACUUGAGUCGUUGACUUGUUCUGUAGUUGUUGUGUUGUCUUCCUCUUCUUCAGUUUUUGGCUCUCCAUCUCGUUCACUCUUUCUCUCUCUCUCCCUCUCUGUGGAAGUUCAAAAUUAUCAACCUUUUCCUUUUCUUUCUCCAGGUUUGGGACGGAUCAAAGUGCCCUCACCCCCUGCUGGAUGUGUUUGUGGAGCCCAACACUCUUGAAGGAAGUCCCACGUUGUCCAAGGACAUAGCAAACCUCACAGCCAACGUCUUGGUCUACGACAACCAUGUAGAGGUCUCCCGGCAGUUGAAGGUGAGAGGUCACAUGACUCACUGUUGCUCAGCAAUGUGGGACAGAAAACCACAUCAGGUCCUUUGUGCUCGUCAUCAAUCCAGUGGUUUGACUUUGAAAUACAGGCCUACCAGUCCGUGACGGUAGACUUACAUGGCUGUGUGAUUACACAGAGAUAGAGGGGAGGGGAGGUACAUUUUUAAAAUAAAGUAUUAGUGCCCUGUCACUACGUCAACACCUGAAGGUUUUGCCACGGGCUGUUUCUGCUGAGUCGUGCCCUAAAUCAACGAUGCAGUUUGACCUUCUGUCUGUCUCUCUCUCUCUCUCUCUCUCUCUCUCGUCUUCUAAUAGUUCACUGUGUUCUCCUUCAAAAUACAAACUCUUGAGUUCUUUGCUUUUUGCAGCGCCUCAGGCAAAUCUGUUUUACUUUCUUCUCAUUUCCCCUGCUGACUAUAAUAGCGAUGAAUAUUUAAAAUGCUACAAUAUGCAUCGCUUUCUCACACGUUCCAUUUCUUACUCUCUCUCCUUCUCCUUCUCCACCCUUCCUUUGAAUGUAUAAUUCUGUCUUUCUGCUUGACAGAAUCAGCAAAGCUUUGAUCCUCUGCCUUAGCGAUCAUCCUUAUCAGUGGAGAUAGGCGCUAUUAGCAUAUGGUUGCAUAAUUGUAUCAUUUGUUAACCCCCUCCGACAAGAUUCCUCUUGUCACCAGGGUGGCCUGUCCACACCCACUCAACCUCUCGUCUGUAGGACACAUCGGGGUCAUCUGUAGGACACAUUGGUGUUAACUCCAUCAACAGCCCCUAGCCUAGACCAAUGCAAUGAGUAACAUGUUGUGUUAUGUGUAGCUAAAGUCAAAGCUCUCUUGAUUAAGAAGAAGCAGUUUCACAUUGUGCUAUUUUAUUAAGGAUGAGAAGACAAAACUGUUAAAUGGCACUUUAAAUUAAGAGUUCUUCUGUUCCAAUACUACUUCACUAAAUCAUAUUUGUCAUUAAUCUCACUGUGUGUGGUUAUUGUACAUGUGUGCAAAUUAUUUCAAUUAUUAUUUUUUGAUCAUUUAGCAGCUCUUAUCCAGGGCGACUUACAGGAGCAAUUAGGGUUAAGUGCCUUGCUCAAGGGCACAUUGACCGAUUUUUCACUUAGUCGGCUACCUGCUUCUGAUACAGAAGAGGGAUUAUGUAUCUGUUAUGUAUUGUGGUGAACCACCCAUCACUGCUGUCCACUGGCCUAACUGUCCCUCAUCAUGGAAAAAAAUAUUACCCAUGUGACAGCAGAGAGAUGACCUAUGCUACACACACACUCGCAAGAAUUUAGCUGCACCUGCUAAAACAUCUGCUAAACUGUGUAUGCAAUCAAUAAACGUUCAUUUGAUACACACACGCAGACACAAAUCCUAUGUGGAUACCAUAAUAAAAAGUUUAACAAUUUUGUAUUUCUGUCUUUUCGUUGUAACUGGGAGAAAAGAAGGUCAAAACAAAAUGUUAUCCUCAACACUUUUUUUUUUUUCUUUCUUUUUUUUUACACUGUAAGACAAUUGAUUUUGUCUUCACACAUUCUCCAGUUAUCUCAGACUUACUCCAACUCUGAUUAGGUGGAAUACAGUAUUUAAUAUCAUAGCCUCUUAAAUGAAAGAGGAUUUCUUUGACAGGAGUAAUUUCAUGCUUAUCAAUCGAUUCACCCUCCCAAAUAAAGCCUUUUCAGGGCAGAUAAGUGUGAAUAGAAAUAUUUCCCCAUUUAUCAAUCUCCUCUGGCGAAUCGUCAGUAAUAGUGUGUGAAAUUGGCAGAGCCGGCUAUUGAGAAGAUGGCUAGUUAGAGAAGAAAGGAGGUUAUUAGGAUAAAGGAAAAUGAGAAAGGGGAGGUGGGGAGGAGAAUGAAAAGUGACCAAUCGAUCCGCCUCCGUUAUGGUUUCCCUGUGGUCACCCUUACAGCAUGGUGUCUCUGACACACACACACACACACACACACACACAACACUGCUAAAACAGCAUGGUGUCUCUGACACACACACACACACACACACACACACACACACACGACACUGCUAAAACAGCAUGGUGUCUCUGACACACACACACACACGACACUGCUAAAACAGCAGGGUGUCUCUGACACACACACACACACGACACUGCUAAAACAGCAGGGUGUCUCUGACACACACACACACACGACACUGCUAAAACAGCAGGGUGUCUCUGACACACACACACACACGACACUGCUAAAACAGCAGGGUGUCUCUGACACACACACACACACGACACUGCUAAAACAGCAUGGUGUCUCUGACACACACACACACACACACGACACUGCUAAAACAGCAUGGUGUCUCUGACACACACACACACACAACACUGCUAAAACAGCAGGGUGCUUUCAGUUGCAGUCUGGUUACCACAUUCUAUUCUCCACACACUCAAACAGAUAUAUCACCACACAGUGAGACAACAUGGGGCCUCUAGCUUUCAAUGGCACUGUUAACACACACUCUUAUUGACCCCUACGUGCACACAUUCAUCAUAUAGUACACAACUGAUGCGUCAUAACUAUACUUCUUAUGCAUUGCAGACCAUAUGCAUGGGGGUAUCUGGUUAUCAUAUAUGUGUCACCUACUUUUUAACAUUACAGUACAUUGAGCUAUGCAUGCAGGGGACUGGCAGAUCUUUUGUGCUUUGUCUGAAGUGCAGGACCGAUUUGGAUCCCCAGCCUCAUUAAUCUGCUUGGAAGGGUCCAGUGACAUUGACCACAAAGUCAUGAUACUGUGGGAUCAUGCAAAUCCAGCUGUAUGUUUGUAUGUCCUUAGACCAGAAAGAGGAACAUGCCGUAUCAGACCCGAAAAUGACAUGGUAUUAUCCAGCGUGGUCUCUUCCACUCUCUCUUCUUCUCUCUCUUUCUCUCUCCCUCUUACUGCACUCAUCCCAUCCCUUUGCAUGUUCCCUCUUUCUCUCUUCUCUACCAUUCCCUCUAUCCCUUUCCAUCUAUCCCUCUGUCAUUUCUUAAGUUUUCUCCUCAUGUCUCUUUCUCUCUUUCUCAGCACAAACUCUCACUCAGAUGAUAACCCGAACACUGUACUAGUGCUCUGCUCUGGAUCUCCCAGUUUCCCUUUCUGCUGAAACCGCAACCAUCUUGGUCCAAUUCCGCCACAUGCAAAACCUAGAUAGAAUAUCCUAUAUAUAUAUAUAUAUAUAUAUAUAUAUAUAUAUAUAUAUAUAUAUAUAUAUAUAUAUAUAUAUAUAUAUAUAUAUAUAUAUAUAUAUAUAUAUAUAUAUAUUUUACCGGUCAAAAGUUUUAGAACACCUAUUCAUUCAAGGGUUUUUCUUUACUUUUACUAUUUUCUACAUUGUAGAAAAAUUGUGAAGACAUCAAAACUAUGAAAUAACACAUAUGGAAUCAUGUAGUAACCAAAAAAGGGUUAAACAAAUCAAAAUAUAUUUUAUAUUUGAGAUUCUUCAAAUAGCCACCCUUUGCCUUGAUGACAGCUUUGCACACUCUUGGCAUUCUCUCAACCAGCUUCAUGAGGUAUUCACCUGGAAUGCGGUUCAAUUAACAGGUGUGCCUUCUUAAAAGUUAAUUUGUUGAAUGUCUUUCCUUAAUGCGUUUGAGCCAAUCAGUUGUGUUGUGACAAGGUAAUGGGGGUAUACAGAAGAUAGCCCUAUUUGAUAAAAUACCAAGUCCAUAUUAUGACAAGAACAGCUCAAAUAAGUAAAGAGAAACAACAGUCCAUCAUUAUUUUAAGACAUGAAGGUCAGUAAAUAUGGAACAUUUCAAGAACUUUGAACAUUUCUUCAAGUGUAGUCGCGAAAACCAUCAAGCGCUAUGAUGAAACUGUAUAUAUAUUUUUAUUUCUAGAUAAUUUUUCCACUGAGAGAUAACUACUUCUGGAUUUGAAAUAAACUGGAAAGUUCAAUGCUAAAGGUGUUGGUCAUGUUCAAUUGCUUUUAGUCAGAAAAUAGGCAGAGUUUAGUCCCUUAAUAGCUAGUGACCUUCCAUGUUCACCUACAGACACACACACGUACAGAGGACAACCUAUGGUGAUUAUUUACAGCUGACCCUGCACUUAAUGGAUGCAGUCCCCCCCCCUCCUUUCCCUUGCUUCUUGUUUAUUGAACACAGUGUAUAGCCCUUGCUUCCUGUUCAUUGAACACAGUGUAUAAUGGUGAAAAAUGAGAUUAACGCUUUAAAAAGCAAUUGCGAAUGGCGAGAGCAUUCUGAGAAAGAAUAUCGUUCACACUUCUGCUUCAUUACACCGCUCGCUCCCUUUGCCUGUGAAAACAAUGUGAUCUGCCAUGCUCGCCUUCUGUGAAGUCAUUUUUAUCGAGUUCUUUAAGGGGGGAUAAAAUGACAAAUUGGGAGCGCUGCUUUGCAUGGGUCUGUGUCCGUAUAAAUACCCCCAUUUGUAAAGGGUGUGUGUAUACAGUGUUUUUUAGGGGCAGGCACAUACAAGCGUUUUAAUCACCUUCAUGAGCUCCGUUAUUUGAUUUCUUUGACAUCCUUGUGUUUCUCCCAGAGCUUUAUAGGAAGUGAACCCUGGUGUCUGGACCAGGAGAGGUCGCGGUGUCAUUGAAGCACCGGGAUUCCAGAUUCCUAUCAUUGCUGUUUUGUGAAGGGUACUUACUCAUUGUUGGGAUGAGGGGGUUUGAGGCUCAUUAGAAUUGCAAUGUGAAGAAUAGAACUCGAAACUCUACCUAGUUCCAUUGGUCUGCUCCCAGAAUGCAACUCUCCUAGUAGUUGUAUCCUUUCUUGACUCAGGCUGUCUCAAGUUCAGGAUUUCAGUUCCAUUCUCGCACUGGUGUUUUACCUCACCCUGGGUUUAUGAGGUUGCAAUAAAGCGUGUCAGUUACGUGACUGGGUGCAUGGACAACUUUGAACAUGUGGCCUGCUCUACAGUGGGAAUAAACUGCCGACUCUAUGUAAAUGUCCCACCACUUUAGCCUUCAUGGACCAUGCAUGUUGACCAGAGAGAUCACUUUCUGUCUACGGAUAGUGAGGCCCCUCCCACUAUACUGUACCACUGUGGCCUCUUGGCUAGCCACACAUCUUAUCAUGAGACUGUGUUAGGCUGCUGAGUUAAAGGCAUUAGUUCAGGGAGUCUACACAAGUCUUCAGGUCUCAGACAAGGUUACUUGUCACAUGAGCGUGGUCUGAAACCACAUUCAUUACUAUGGCAGCUCUUGUUAAAAAAACGUGUAAUUUCACUGCACUGUUUCCUCAUAUGACUUAAUCUUGUAUCUUAGGGAACACUUUGUCUGACUUUGUUUACCUUACAGAAAAGUGUUAACAAAAUGGCUGCCAAGAGCCCAAACAUUGUACUUUAAUCGAAGUGCUUAAUCUCAAUGAGCCACACUUAUUGUGCUACUCCCCCCCCCCCCCCCCCCCUCCUGUGAGUCUCCCCACUCCCCACCCACAACCCCUGAAUCCUGUAACUAAGUAAUGUCAGCUCUCUUUCUAGCAUCCGGUUCUAGUUUCCUUCUAUUAUAAAAAGGCUGGUGUGAAAUUAGGUGUUUUUUUCCCCGCUCUGCCAGGCGGCUAAAGUUUGGUCUGGUUUAUUGAGCCUGACUCAUUGAGAAACUGUAAAGCCGAAAGCAAUCUUCUGAAUUUGGAGAAUCCUUUACUGAGCAAUCAUUGCGUCACUCGGACAAUGAGACACUGCGGAAACAUCUCAAAUGUCAGUCGGUUGGCUCAUGACGUUUGGUCACACAGACUCACUUGAACAUGUAUUUUUGGGCGAUGACUGUUAAGCGGAUAGAAAACGUCACUCUAAUGCAUCAACGAACCAGGGCUGUCACUGGCCAAAAGAGAGCCCCCAUCGCUUGGCUCAGUAUGUGUUCUCAUUAUAACCACACCUGGCUACUUUGGGCAGAGGAUGGUAGAUUUAAUAGCUGUAGCAAGGCAGGAACAGCUUUGAGGUUAGCAGCAGUGCUUGGCUUGGCAUGCUUUGAACCAGAGGCAUGCAGCAUCACCCCCUUUUCUCUACAGUCUCACUGUCCUCCUCUGUUCUCUCACCAGUCUCUGAGCAUUCAUCAUUUACUCUGUGGCUCGAACACCUGUUUCUAUCUUUGGCAUUUAAAUACAAACAAAACUGUGGCCAACUCACAGAACUCUCAAAUAAAAUGUACGGCCAGUGUCUUAACUAAACAUUGGACACCCCCAUCUUUGCAAUGAGAUUGUGAAUGAAUUCCUCUGCUGUUGGGUUAGCUUUUUUCACCCUGUGGAGGAUACAAUUCUUAGAAGUCUCUCACGAUUCCAUAAAUGUUCUUUGGAAUGCCUGCUUUGUGCAGUCGAUUUACAAAAAAACCAAGAACAUGUUAAAGGAAUGUAUGCCAUCUUUAAAUAUGGCCAGUGAUACUAGAUACAUUUUACAAUUUUUUUACAUUUUAGUCAUUUAGCAGACGCUUUUAUCCAGAGUGACUUACAGUUAGUGAGUGCAUACAUUAUUUUUUUAUUUUUCAUACUGGCCCCCCGUGGGAAUCGAACCCACAACCCUGGCAUUGCAAACGCCAUGCUUUACCAACUGAGCUACAUCCCUGCCGGCCAUUCCCUCCCCUACCCUGGACGACGCUUGGCAAAUUGUGCGCCCCCCCAUGGGUCUCCCGGUCGCGGCCGGCUACGACAGAGAUAGGUGCAUGAUACUAGCCCAUGUUAUGGCCGGAAGCUGAACAAAGCCCCUGAUGAGCAGGAAAGUGAAACGGUGCUCCCCUACUACUCUACUACCCUGUACUUACAGCUGGAGCAUGAGAGGUGAAGUCAGGUUCCUGUCACCCUGAAGCUGGUCGUGACUGUAUGAGACAGCCUUGAUGAGAUAUACUUGUUUUAAAUUACUUAAACCUGAUUUUGUCUCGGUAUCCCGGGAAAGUUUAGAUUUGGUAACAUACCGCACUCUUCUGGCUGGAAGUGUCAAAUUAAACUGAUGCAUCCUGCUGCUUGUUAUUCAGCAACAGUGAAAUUAUUGAUUGACCACUAUGGGGACCAAUAGUCCCUGUCACAGAUGUCUGGUGCUGAUUUCCAUCUGAUGCGAAGACUGCAACUGCAUUUAAUAUUUUUUACAAUUGGGCAUGGCAAAAAGGAAAACAUUGGAUGACUCAAAUCCAAGGAUCCUGAAACACUUUGACUCAUCCCAUCAAUUUCCAAUGUACAGGUGCUAUUUUCAGCCAAAGCAUUCAACAUACUUCAUUAGUUGAGAGGGGUUGGAGUGAGACAUAUGUUUCUAACACGUAUUUGACCCCUCCUCCUGCUAGCCUGGGUCAUACCUUCGGAUAUACAACCUACACGCAGUUCCUGGGGCUAGUCGGUUGCCUAGCAAUGACUCUGGCCAGUCUGAUCAGACGGAACACCUGGGUUUCUACCUGCAUGGGGGCUCCUCAUACGGCAAGGGGUUGCGCGUGCUGCCUGACGACAGCCCAGAUAUACUGGACCUCAAAAGGUAAGAGAGGGCUGUCUGCCAUUUUGUGUUGUCACCUCACAAGGCCUAAAUGAUAGGAAACUAUCGCUUGAAGUGCCAAUCUUUUUUAUUUUCUCAUUGUUUCAGGAUCUUGGAGACCUUCUCAGACUCUGACAUAAAUGACUCAUCCCUGUUUGAGGUCUGGAGUACACCACCAGAGUCUAUUGGUAUGUUUACAUUUUUCACUUUGAUGCUUUUGUGUACAAUAUCUGGUUUUCCUGUUAAUAUUGCUUACAGUCAUAAUGGUUUGGAAGGGCGUGGUUUGGAGGAAACUUUUGGCACCACAUAUGUUUCUGCUGUCAUUUUAGGUGCUUCUCCAGAUGAAAUUGCUACAGGUAUGAAAUGAAAAGUAUGGAGCUAUUUCUUGACACUUGUGGGAAAAUUAUAAGCACAUUGUUGCUGCCAGAUCUUUUUACAUAUUUGUAGGCGUAAUUCACACCCCCUGCCAGUACAAAAUCACUUCCCAGUCUAGGCGUAAUUCACACCCCCUGCCAGUACAAAAUCACUUCCCAGUCUAGGUGUAAUUCACACCCCCUGCCAGUACAAAAUCACUUUCCAGUCUAGGUGUAAUUCACACCCCCUGCCAGUACAAAAUCACUUCCCAGUCUAGGCGUAAUUCACACCCCCUGCCAGUACAAAAUCACUUCCCAGUCUAGGCGUAAUUCACACCCCCUGCCAGUACAAAAUCACUUCCCAGUCUAGGUGUAAUUCACCCCCCCUGCCAGUACAAAAUCACUUCCCAGUCUAGGCGUAAUUCACACCCCCUGCCAGUACAAAAUCACUUCCCAGUCUAGGCGUAUUUCACACCCCCUGCCAGUACAAUGGAAACUGGGUUUCAGACUACUCCUACACUACUAAUAGACUUCUAUCACAGAUGUGGGUGUACAUGUCUUUGUAUUGUUGCAGUCCUGUCUGACACUAGCGGGCUAAUGUGAUGCUCCAUUAACCGUUACAGGCUAGAUACUGUUCGGCGUAGCACAAAUAAUUUUCGGCCAACCUUAACUUGACGAUACUAUCUUCAUUCUCAAUUCGGCCAAAUAUAUAUCUUAGAAAAUGUCUGUGUCCAGUUGUAAGUGGUUCAUUUGAAUUUAGAAAAUGCUCUGUUAUUAAAAUAAAUGAUUGUUUUGCUCCAUGAAGUAAUCCAACAAUGUGUAUGCCACAAUCUUGUUUAUUUCAAAUCUUCUCAUUGAUAAAGACCAGUGAGUGUCAUCAUGACAUGCGUCACUUUGGGGUGGACCCACCUGUCUCAAUCAGUGAGAGAAGAUUUAAAUAGACAAGAUGGUAGCGUACACUUUGUUGGAUUACUUCAUAGAACAAAACAUGUAUUUAUUUUAAUAACAGAGCAUUUUCUACAUUCAAACGAACCACCUGCAACUGGACACGGACAUUUUAGAAGAUGCAUGUUAGAGUGAAUCGAGAACUAAGAUAGUAUCGCCAAGUUAAGGUUGGUCGAACAUUAUUUGUGCUACGCCAAACAGUACCUAUCCCGUAACGGCUAAUGGAGCAUCACAUUAGCCCGUUACAAUCUGCUAGCGACUCUGACACUUGUUGUAUGUGUGUUGGUGUAGAGAGGAAGUGUGACCACACUGUGGAACAGGUGAGUCUGGCUGAAGUGAAGAGCAGAGGCCCUCCUCAGGUGUUCCACGUUCAGGCUCAGCUCAAGUCUUACCAGCCUCAGAGACUCUACCAGUCCCUGAAACUCUAUUGCCACGAGUGUAAAACCAUGUGAGUUACUUCUAUACACUAACAACCAAAAUCACCAAGCCCUUUAUUAGUUGAAACAGGUGUGUGCACCCUCUGGGAGUCAAUCAGGAAUGGUCCUUGCUAUCUGGGAUCCUUGUGACGUCCUUACCUCAUUGAAGUUAACGUUUAAACAUUUUUAAAUGUUAAGGUAAGGAUAAGGGUAGGGGUUUAGGGUAGGGACGUCCCAAGGAUUCCAGACAGUACUAACCAGUCAGGAAUAGAUUGAGAAACUCUGCCCUGUACCUUUCAGACGGGACGUCCCUGAUGAUGUCACAGUGGGGGGGGUGUUCUCAGAGGCCCAGAAGGACGUUGGACCUUGUAAUAAUGGGUACUGGACUCUGGAGCUGAAUCUCCCCAGAGAGCCUCCUUCUGAAUCCCCCAGCCGGAACCUGACCCUUCUGAUCUCCAGCCAGCUAAUGGGAAAGGGCAAGGCAAAGGAGCUGAUCUUCCUGAAGGGUGAGAACCACACAAUUGCCCUGUUGCUAUGGAGACAUGGACUGUUAUCUGCAUCUCUCUUCCUCUCAUGGCCACAACCGUACAGACUUGAAAGCUAGUAAAGAAACGCUAUAUAAAUGCAAUCUAUUUCUACUGAAACACAGUGAUCCGGGUCUCUUUUAGUGAUGCAUAUCACGUUUGCCUUCUAAAACCUACACAAUGACAGUAGAAGGACGUUUUUACUCUACGUUUUACGCCAAAGGCUAAACUGUUAUCCAUUAUUUUGUCUGCUUUCCCGUAGGGGCUACCUUGGAGGAGACGUGUCGGAUAGCAUCCGCGUACAGUAACAUUGUCCCAGUGACGUCACCACAAGGAACCAUGACCCCGCUGGAUCUCUCGGCUCCCUUCCUCUUCCGGGGCACGAAAAGAUACUAUGGGUCUGUAUCUAUCUUGAAAGUGACUGUCUUAGCCACAUCUGACACCGGUCACAUUUUGUCCAUCUGUGUACUUAAAUGCACUAAAAUGUGAUGUGGGUUUUUAUGCCUUUUGUGUUUUUCAGAUGCAAACAGUGCUCCCAACUAAAAGUGGGAGAGUCAUUGGGAGAAGGAGUAGAGGUGUUGGAUGAGAAAAGUGUGGCAGACGGUAUGACGAUCUCUUUCUCACUGUGUACACCUUUUAGGUGGUGGAGAUUUAGUGUGGACCUGACCCCGUCUUUAUUUCUCCCUAUUCGCCCCUUAAUCACAUUAACCUCUCACCUAGGUCGUGUUCACAGGCAAAACUGUGGCAAAACAUUUUGCAGUUGUAGGAAGAUCUUAUUAGACCAGUUUGUGUAACACCUCUUCUGUUUACUACCUUCCAUGUCUACUGAACACCACACAGGUUAUCAGUCAGAUUAAUCAUCUUAGUAAUGGAAAUAGCAAUGAAGAUGUAGUCGUUGUUUGUGUGCUUCUGUAAGUUGUUCAUAUGUGUAUGUUUGUAUUUGGUGUAAAAAAAUAAAAAAUAUAUUUUUAAUUUUUAAGAUGAUUAAAAGGCAAUGUUAGCUUGGGUGGCAUUAACUGGCUUUGUGGAACAUGAGCUACAGUACACAGAGACAGAUCUAUCACGGUGACCUUUGUGACCUGGGGUUUUGUUUAUGUUCUUGCUGUUUGUGUUAUGACUGCUUUCUCUUUAGCUCUUGUGGAUAUUCUGGCUCGGCUAGGUUUUCCAUUUCACUGCUCUGUUGUGUCUGUGACGUCUCGGCUUGUUAAUGCUAUGGUCACAGCUUCCGUUUUGAUCAUGUAAGGAUUACCUGCAUCCCUCUCUUUGCUUUUAAAUGUGCUGGCUAUUCUUGAUCUUCUCUCUGCCCCAAGCCACCAGCUAUUGAGGAUUUUGUUGUACUCAGAGGAGGCUGGUGGGAGGAGCUAUAGGAGGAAGGGCUCAUUGCAAUUGCUGGAAUGGAAUAAAUGGAACGGAGUGAAACAUGGUUUCCAUGGUUUCCAUAUGUUUGGUGUGUUUGAUACCGUUCCAUUUAUGCCAUGCCAGUCUUUACAAUGAGCCCGUCCUCCUCUAGCUCCUCCCACCAGCAUCUUCUGGUUGGACUGUGUUGUCUUCUCUCUCACCCUCGUUACUAGGCUCCUGCCCCUUUCCUGAACCCUCAGUUGUUUUGAUCUUAUGUCUCCUCUCCACCAGCACUUUUAAUGUUACGUCUGCUGCGUUUCUUCACUCCACCAAUCCUCAGUUUUAUGUUAUGGUUUCCCUCCUGAUUCAGCAGCACCUUGGGUUGUAAAGUUACACCAUGCGUCCUCUCCUGCCUCUGCUCAGGUCUCUCUCUUAAAUCAUUUGGUUUUAAUGUUAUGGCUCUCCUCUCGGCUCUCUUCCCUCGCCCAGCUCUGGGGGUGCAGCUGCUGCAGUAUGGCCUACUGAUGAAGCUGGAGCUGCAGGAUGGGACCGGCUCCCUGGAGGCCCUGCUCUGGAGAGAUGCAGUACGUGAGGGGAUGGGUGGCAGUCCAUAUGAAGAGACAAGACAGACACAACACAUUUAAAUAUUUUUCAACUUGGUGCCCAUAGGUCUGCAUGGGUAGUUUGGCUCAAUGUGUACUGUACACGUGUUGUCUAACUGGUAACUCUCCAUUAACCCUAUGGCAGGAAUCCUUCUUCCACGUGUCAGCUGAGGACGCAGCAAACGACCAGGAGGCACAAGACAGGGUCCAGGAAACCAUGGACAGACUCUGCCCACCAGGGAGUAGCAUGGGUAAUCAUACAUUAUAAUAAUAAUAAUAAUAAAUGCCAUUUAGCAGACGCUUUUAUCCAACCGACUUACAGUCAUGCAUGCAUACUUUUUACAUAUGUGUGGUCUGGGAAUUGAACCCACUACCCUGGCAUUGCAAGCGCCAUGCUCUACCAACUGAGCUACAUUGACUCAUUGGCCCUGUAUAGAAACAUCCCUUAUUAUAUAGGCUUUGCCGCAGGCUGCUUCCAGCACUGUAAAGUCCACUGAUGUAUCACUAUCACAUAAAUAGACCUUUGAAGUGAGAAAAACAUUCUGUCAAUAUUUCAAGGGCAGAGUCUUUAACCCCACAUCAACAUUGGGCACUAAUGAAGCAUUGACAUACAGUGUAGAGGUUUCCCAUUAGUGAGCAAUGAGGCUGGAUGAGCUUCCAGGCAGAUGGCCCCUCAGAGCGUGAAUACACAGCAGCAAUUGAGCAAGUGACUGGACAGCAAUUAGUAUUCACAUGUCCUCCUGAGCAGACCAGGCUAAAAUAUGUAUUUAAGGACGUCAAUUUGGUGUGUGUGCAUGCAUGUUUGUGUGUUGUAUUCAUUUUUGUGUGGUGUAUUCAUGUCUGUCUGUGACCUUUCCCUUCCUGUGCCCAGCGGAGAGGCCCUGGAUGGACCUGUGUCUCAGUGCCUACACAGUGGAGGAGAACGGCCAGAGACUGGCCUGCUACCAGAUCUGCCACACGGAUACCAGAGGCACUAACCCACAUACACACCCUCACACACACGCCACACCUAGUGACACAUAG